GCUUGCCCUCUUCCCGCCGCGCUGCUUCUUCCUCCACUGCGUCGUCUCUUGCCAGCUGCUGGAAGAGGCAGCGGAGGCAGCUGGAAGCGUCCCUUGCAAGUUGAGACCCCCGACGCUGUCCUGGGACGCGCGAUGCAAGCCCGCCGUCCUUUUGCAUCAUAACCAUAAAUAAGAAUUCCGAGAAUAAAAACAGUGUUUCGCCUUCCUUUCGCCCGCGAUGGACUCCAGGCUCCUGCGCCUCUGUCUUUGGGCUGCUUUUUCCGGCUUUUUCCUGCCCGGGGUAUCAGGAAUAACUCCAGAGUGUGACCUUAUGAUAGCCAUUGAAGCCGAACGAGAGAAGUGCGUGAGAUACUCCAGUUUGGAUAAUCUGACUUUAGGUUGUGGAAGUCUCUGGGAUAAUAUUAGUUGCUGGUCCGCCGUAAAUUUUGGGGAAACGAAAGUAUUGUCCUGCCCAGUCGUUUUCACCUACUUUACAAAAUUUCAAGGUAACAUCAGCAGGAACUGCACCAGGGAUGGCUGGUCAGAUAUUUAUCCUGCCCCGUAUCCGGUGGCUUGUAGAUAUGACCCCAACAUGACAAUCACUGAGGAACAGAGUGUCGUCUUCUACGGCACAGUGAAAACUGGAUACACAAUUGGACACAGUUUGUCUCUAAUUGCUUUGACGGCGGCCAUGAUGAUUCUCUGCUUCUUCAGGAAGUUGCACUGCACCCGGAAUUACAUCCACAUGCACCUGUUUAUGUCCUUCAUCCUGCGUGCCGUGGCCGUCUUUGUCAAAGACUUCAUUUUGUUUGAAAAUGGAGAAUCCGAAUACUGCUCCAUAGGCUCGGUGGGCUGCAAAGCUGCGGUGGUCUUUUUCCAGUACUGCAUCAUGGCUAACUUCUUUUGGCUUCUGGUCGAGGGCUUAUAUCUUCAUACCCUUCUGGUCAUCUCCUUCUUUUCGGAGAAGAAAUACUUUUGGUGGUACAUCGUCAUAGGCUGGGGUGCGCCGAUGCUAUUCAUCUUGGCUUGGACUGUCACGAGGAUUCACUAUGAAAAUACAGGCUGCUGGGAUUUAAUCGAAUCUCCAUAUUGGUGGAUUAUCAAAGCUCCCAUUUUGGUUUCUAUACUGGCCAACUUCGUGCUGUUUAUAUGCAUCAUACGGAUCCUGGUUCAGAAGCUUCACUCUCCAGAUGUUGGGCGAAAUGAAACAAGUCAAUAUUCGAGGCUAGCCAAAUCCACUCUUCUUCUGAUCCCUCUGUUCGGUAUCCACUAUGCCAUAUUUGCCUUCUUUCCGGACACGGUCAAGAAAGAAGUGAUGUACGUCAAACUGGUCUUCGAACUUGUUUUGGGGUCCUUCCAGGGCUUCGUGGUCGCUGUGUUGUAUUGCUUCAUCAAUGGGGAGGUUCAAUCCGAAAUGAAACGCAAAUGGCGCAGGUGGCAUCUGGAACGCUUCCUGGGUUCGGAUAUGAAGUAUCACCACCCGUCUGUCGGCAGCACCGGAACCACCCAGAUCUCCAUGUUAGCCACCUCCAGCCCCAAAACUCAACGCAGCUCCACUUUUCAAGCCGAAAAAUCCCUGGUUUGAGUCCCGGAGGCCGAAGACGAUCCAGACAAACCCGCCUGGCAAAAGCUGCAAGCAACAGAAUUUGGGAAUCAAGUAUUUGGCAUUAUUGUUAUUAUUGUUAUUUUUAAAACCAGUUUUUUUUUUUUUUUUGCAAGCAGAAUGGAGACAAAAUUCUGUGGCCCGGAGACUCGGAACAAGUAAAGUUAAGUUUGGACAGACUCCUCCUCCUUUUUUCCGAUCUGGAAUCGAAGGCAGAAUCAAAAAAAAAAUCAGCUUUCAAAAACAGAAUCGUUUCGCUGAUGACGUGGCUUACGUGGGUCAUGAAAUCUCACGGAAAAAACAACUGAGCUCAGAUAGCAUCAAGGACCCCAUAAUCCUCUUUUUCUUCCUCUUCAUUUUUCUUCUCCUCCUCUUCUUCUCUGCAAACCCUCCCUCCCUUCUAGCUCUGAUGAUGUUACCUAGUUGGGUCAUGAAACAUCUUCAAGAAAGCUGCGAAAGUCAGAGAGCACCAAGUUAUCGUCUUCGCCUCCUCCUCCUCCUUCUUCUUCUCCUUCAUCUCCUUCUCCUUCUUCUCCUUCUCCUUCUCCUUCCUCUCCUUCUCCUCCUCCUCCUCCUCCUUCUCCUCCUCCUCCUCCUCAUCUUUUUCUUCUUCUUCUCCUUCUUUUUCUUCUCCUCCUCCUCCUCCUCCUCCUCCUCCUCCUCUUCUUCUUCUUCUUCUUCUUCU